AUGGACUUCUUGUCCCAAGCGUCGUCCCGCUAUCUCGCUGAGUUCUACUCUACGCCGAACCAUGUCCAACCGGGCAACCGCAUCGAUGAUCUCAACAUCAACAAGAUGUACCUCGAGCUUGAUCAAGUCGAACACUGCAACUCCUAUGUCGUGGAUCCGACUCUGUCUGAGACCGAUCUUGAUGCGCGUCUCGAGGAAAUCAAGCCGCAAACGACAAUCAUUCAACGCGAGGUUAUUAUCCGCGAGACAACCAAGAAGCUUGCGAAUCAACGCUCUGCAGCGUACAUCUUCUUGGUAUCCGCCAUCUCCACGAACUUUCGCCGCCUCUAG